GAAAGAAGGAGCCGGAGGGACCGGGCAGUUUCUGGUGGGAGAAUCCUAGGAUGGCCUGGGCCGGUUUCGACUGCAAGAAUGACUCAUCAAUUUUGCACUUUCAUGAUUCAGACUGUGAACUACAAGGGUCUUCAUCUUGUGAACCUCUGCUUUCUUGCACAACAGAAAAACUUUUGAGCCAAGCAAAAAUACUUGCCAAAGGGAAAAAAAUUCCAUUUCCUACAGAUGAUGAAUACACAAAUGAAGAAUUAGCUAUUGCUUAUGUAUUGAUUGGCAAUGGCCUUUAUGAGGAAGCAAUACACCACUUUUCAACAAUGCUUCAGGAACAACCAGAGCUCAUCAGUGCAAUUUAUGGACAAGGGAUAGCAUAUGGAAAGAAAAGGCAACAUGAUAUUAAAAAUGCCGAGCUUGCUUUGUUUGAACUAAACAGAGUAAUUAAUCUGGCACCAGAUCAUCCUGAAGUGUUUGAACAACGAGCAGAGAUACUGUCAUCUUUGGGUCGAAUUAGUGAAGCACUGACUGAUAUCACGAAAGCUAUUCAGCUGAAACGCUCAGCGCAGCUUUAUCGACACAGAGGUAUUCUUUACUUCAUAUCUGAGGACUAUGCAACAGCCAAUGAAGAUUUUCAGAACUCUCUUGAGCUGAACAAAAACCAGCCAACUGUUAUGCUUUACAAAGGUUUAUCCUUUUUUCACAGAGGGCUUCUAAAGGAAGCUAUUGAGAUAUUUAAAGAAGCCCUGAAGCAGAAAUCAGACUUCAUAGAUGCCUACAAAAGUCUGGGCCAGGCUUAUCGAGAACUUGGUAACUUUGAAGCUGCAGCUGAAAAUUUUCAGAAGGCAUUGAUGCUUAAUCAAAAUCAUGUCCAGACAAUACAACUUAAAGGAAAUAUGUUUUAUCAUCAUGGAAGCUUGGAUGAAGCAUUGAAAAACUUUAAGAGGUGUCUUCAAAUAGAGCCAUAUAAUGAAGUAUGUCAGUAUAUGAAAGGUCUCAGUCAUGUUGCCAUGGGCCAAUUUUAUGAAGGAAUCAAAGCUCAGACUAAAGUUAUGCUAAAUGAUCCCUUGCCUGGUCAAACAGUCAGCACAGAAUAUUUGAAAGUGAAAUACUUCAGGGAAUAUUCUCGCUAUCUCCAUGCCCAUCUUGAUAUUCCAGUUACAGAAUACAACAUAGAUGCAGAUCUUCCUGGGAAGUUUAAAGACCACUGGGUCAAGAAUCUUCCUUUUUUGAUAGAAGACUAUGAAGAACAGCCAGGCCUACAGCCAAAUAUAAAAGAUGUGCAGCUUCACAAAUUUGAAAACUAUAAGUCCUCAGUGCAAGAGAUGAUAUGUGUAGCUAAUCAUUUGGGUUCAUUAAUGCAAUAUGAGACUGUUGGAUUUCUCCCAAACAAGAGAAUGCAUAGAGCAAUGGGGCUAGCGGUGCUAGAAGUAAUGCAAGCUGUACAGCGAACUUGGGUAAACUCAAAGGUGCGGAUGAAUGGAAAAACCAAGCUGAUGCAAUGGAGAGAUAUGUUCGACAUUGCUGUGAAAUGGAGACGGAUAGCUGAUCCAGACCAGCCAGUGCUAUGGUUAGACCAAAUACCAGCUCAAAGUCUUAGCAGAGGUUUUAAUAAUCACAUCAAUCUUAUCAGGGGCCAGUUUAUUAACAUGAGAUACACAGAGUAUUUUGACAAGAUACUUCAUUUUAUCAAAGACAGGAUCCUUGUUUAUCAUAGUGGUAAUAACCACAAAGAACUAUUGGAAGUUCGUGAAGCAUUGGAGCAGGUACAUAAGGUAGAAGAUCUUCUUCCAAUUAUGAAGCAGCUUAAUAGUAAAACAAGAGAUGGUUUUACCAUCCACACCAAAGUCCCAAGCCUCAAAAAUCCAGGAAAGGAACAUGAUGGAUUUACUAUUACUUUAACAGGAAACAGGAUUGGUAAUCUUUUGUUUUCAGUUGAGACACAGACAACAGAAGCAAGAACACAACUUUAUCAUACAGAAAUAGAUGCUCUUUAUAAAGAUUUAACUAUGAAAGGAAAAACACAUCUUUUGUCUGCAGAACCUAGGGAGACAGAUGUCAUAUGCAAUUUAAUCUUGUCUGUUUUAUACUACUUCUGUAACUUAAUGCCACUUUCUAGAGGUUCCAGUAUAGUGGCUUAUUCAAUCAUCAUGGGAGCACUGAUGGCAAGUGGGCAGGAAGUGUCAGGAAAAAUUCCUAAAGGAAAGUUGGUGGAUUUUGAAGCCAUGAUUGCAUCUAGUUCAGAAGCCUUUAGUAAAGUAGCAAAAGACUGGUUGAAUUUGAAAAGCAUUUCACCUUCCUACAAGAGUCUUCCACUGGUAUCAGAAUCAUUUCCGACUUUACGAACUAUGAUGGAAGUAUUAAGUGCAGAUUCAUCACAUUGCCUUAAAAGGCUUUAGUUGCUAUGUGACAUCUGAAUAAAGAACCCUGACUUCC